AUGGAUUUUGGCUCUGAAGCUGCUUCUCGCAGAAAAGUUAAAAGCAUUAGCACCGAUGACCCUAUUCUUGCUUGCUUCCUCUCGGAACGCGGCUUGCCUUAUGUGCUGCAAUUGCUGCGCGGUUGCUUCCCUACCGAUGCAAUUCCUGCUGUCAUCGGCGGCUUGAGUCCCGCGGUUGGUUGCAUCUCGACUUUCUCACCUCAUUUGCGUCGGCCUACUUUAUUAGCUCGUCUGCUUGGUUUCCUGCAUCAGUUAGAAACCUGCAAGUCAACUGGCCGAGUAGGUCUGCUUGCUGAAGACAUGUUAUCCGCUUGGGUAGAGGGUCUGGAUAUCGCGGACGGCCCUCUAUCCUCAUUCGGUUCUAUUAUACUUCUCAGCGACGACCCCUCUUUACCAUGUGAAAAACGAAGGGAAUCAAAUGAUCAGAUGAGCGAAGAAGAAGAGGAAAUCAACAAGAUGCAAACAAUGUCCCCAUCAUUUAUCGAGUCGAUAUCACCGAUUGAAAUUGUACGCGUGAUCAAAGACCUACGACGAGCAACUGCAUUGCGUACUAGACAGCGAGCGCAAAAUGUCAGGCAACGUCAGCUGAGAAGUCUUAACAUGAAGGUCAACGAAAAAGGCCAGAGAUGUGCUCUUUUUGGUGAGUUUAGUGUGGCGUCAUCAUCUGCUGUUUUCAGUGCUUCCCCUCCCUCUCGAUUUACUGAUCCGACUCUGACCUCUUAUUCGGAUCUCCAUCAUGUUCUCGUAGAUCAGUUUCUUAUCUCUGAUUGA